AUGGCACAUGUCUACUCCUCCACUUUCUCCCCUGCUUCAUCGCUCUCUCCCUCCACCCCUCUCUCGAACAACUCUACGGUGACCUGGUCCGCUGCAGGGGUUCUCCCCAGCGUAGUGUUGGGACUCUGUUGUGUUUUGGGCGUUCCUGGAAACAUGGCAGUGUUGGUCGUGCUUGGAAGGCGUUUGAAGGGGGGAAGUUUCACCCUGCAUCUGAUGAUGAGUUUGGCGGUUUCGGACCUGGUGACGCUCCUGACCCUUCCUUUUUGGAUCGCCGGCUUUCUCCGGGGUUGGCUCUUUGGUUCUGGCGUCUGUAAGCUCCUAAGUUACGUGGUUUACUGGAGCGUCUACACCAGCGUCAUGACCGUGACUUUCCUCAGCAUCCAGCGUUUCAUCCAGGUGCUCUAUUCCCACCGCUGGGCUCAGCUCCGAAGCAAGGGGAAGAGGGCACUCUUAGCGGGCCUUUGGGUGCUUGGAGGUCUCCUGGCAUUACCAUACCCUUUCACCAAAGAUGUAGUGAUGAGGAAAAACCUACCCAUGUGUCAAAGGGCUCACGCGUCAGAAGCUGAGUACGCGGGGCUCUUGCUCUACGAGGUGGUGGCAGGGUUUAUUAUCCCCUUCACGGUGAUGGUGGUGUUUUACUCGCGCCUGCACCAUCGGGUGAACAAGACGGCGUUCUUCAGCAGUCCCAAGCUGACCCGCCUGGUGACCAGGAUCAUCGUCACGUUUUUCGUCCUCUACAUCCCCAUUCAGGUGAACAACUUUCUGCGGGCCAUCAGCAUUUGGCUGGGAUCGGAACCCCUCAACAAAGCUCUGCAGGUGAGCUUGGACGUCGCCAUAGCGCUGACCUUCAUCAACAGCUGCGUGAAUCCGUUCCUGUACGCUUUCGCCUCCCAGGUGUUUGUAUUCAGACUGGAAGAAAAACCCUGA